UUACAAAUUCAGUGAAAUCGAGAGAGAAGAAAACAGAGCGAGGGCAACGGAGAUCAUUGAAAUCUAAUAAGUGUAAUUGGGAAAUUCUGAUGAACUGAGUCAGAAAGGCAGAAAAACAGAGAUGGACUCACAGGCGGCUUUCUGAGCUGGAGCAAUAUGGCUGGCUAGUUUCUCUCUGUCUUGCUCUCUUUCUUUGUGCCGGUUGACGUGUGAGGUCAGAGGUCAUGGCUGUGGAUUGUGGUGUGUUCGUGGACUGGUCUCAGAUGGGCGAUGUGUCUCGCGACGCGGCUCCUGGUAAGACUGAAUAUAAAGACUUAAAGGAGCUGAAACAGCACGCCCGCUCAGGCCAGUGGGACAAAAACCACAGCCAGCGCUCAGCCGUUUACCAGCACCUGAUCAAAGCCCUCCCGUGUCGCACCGUCACCCCGGACGCCGAGGUCUACCGGGACAUCGUGGGGAAUUCCAACAGCAAGCGCAACCCAUCCGCGUACAUAUUGCCGGAGUUCGUGGACGGGACGGCAGUGCCACGGUACUGUCUGAAGGCUGAAUCCAUAGGUUCGGUGCAUGCCGUAAUUUCCUGCGUGGCAGGGCAGUUCCCGGAUAUAUCAUACUGCCCGUCUUUGCCGGCGGUGACGGCGUUGUUGCUGCACUGGAGCGCGGAUGAAGCGCAGUGCUUCGAGAGCGUCAGUCGCAUGUUGGCCUGCAACGAGCCCGGGCGGCAUUUGUUAGAUCAGACUUUCCUCGCAUAUCAGUCAGCCUGCAUGACCUUCGGCGACCUCGUGCAUAAAUACUGCCCGGCCGCGCAUAAGCUGAUGGUUGCCACCGCUACAGACGUGCUGGAGGUUUACUCUGAUUGGCAGAGAUGGGUUCUGGGUGACCUGCCCUUCAGCUUCGCCGCACGCGUGAUGGACGUGUUUUUGGUGGAAGGGUACAAGGUCCUUUACCGCAUCGCACUGGCGAUACUGAAGUUCUACCGCAAGCAGUGCGUGGCCUCCGGCUCGGCCUUAACCAAGCAGGACUCAGCGGCGGUCAAGAGUGAUAUACGGACGUUCGUGCAGAACAUCGGGAAAAGUGUGACGCCGGAUAAGCUGUUGGAAAAGGCUUUCUCCAUCCGCCUGUUCAGCCGUAAAGAGAUCACGCUGCUUCAGCUGGCCAAUGAGAAAUCACUCCAGCAGAAAGGCAUCACCGUCAAACAGAAGAGACAAAAUGUCCAGUUAGCCGUAAACGCUGAUAAUUUCAGCUCGGAGAUCGUCAGUGCUAAAGAGAUCAGAGAUGUCUGGUCGUGGAUCCCGGAGCGUUUCGCUUUGUGUCAACCGCAGCUUCUCUUCACCACGUCCACACACGGCUGCAGCUUGAACCGGUUUUAUUCACAUUGUGAGGGACACGAGCCGACGCUAAUGCUCAUCAGAACUACAGAUAGAGAGGUGUGUGGGGCCUUCCUGUCCACUGACUGGGAGGAGCGGAAGAGAGGAGGGAACAAGCUCAGCUUCUUUGGCACUGGAGAGUGUUUCGUCUUCAGAAUGAAGCCAGAGAUGGAGCGUUAUGAGUGGGUCAUUAUCAAACACCCAGAGCUGGCGAGCGCGGCCCAGCCCGCAGGCGACGAACAGACCGGCGGCGAAGGCAACGGUGCACCGCUGUCUCUAGAGAAACCAGCCACAGAGUCGUCUCAGCUGUCUCCCUUCCUGUCCGCACGACACUUCAACCUGAACUCAAGGAACACCUCCAUGUUUAUGGCAGGAAACGUCGACUCCAUCAUUAUCGGAGGAGGUGAUGGUAACGCUCUGUACAUCGACUCUGAGCUGAACCACGGCCGAACCGAACGCUGCCUGACCUUUGACAACCCGCCACUGUGUGCUGAGAGCUUCCAGAUCGCACUGCUGGAGGUGUGGGGCUUCAGAGACUCCAUGGCAUCAUAAGAGCGGCUCGCCACGUCUGCAGGAGAUACUGAUGGGAUGCUGUGGCUGUAAGAUAUUUGUGUUGUGAUAGACGUCCAUUCAUGUAGGAGGAAAUGGAGAUGUGAUGCUCCUCCAGUGCACUAAAAGAUCCGCCCUGAGCUCCACUCAAGAUGUAAUGCUUAUUGUGUAUAUUUAGCAAUGCAAGACAUAUGUCGAGGUUUAUUUUGAUGCUUUUCAUAUCAACAGUGUUGAUCUAGACCAGUGAAGAAUCUAGACAAAGGAAAUUAAGUUUAAGACCAUUUUCAUCAAUGCUGCAUUUUGCAUUUUCUGCAAUUUAUAAUGAUCAAUAUCUACAAGAAAUGAGGACCAGAACACUAGAGACUUUCUUGUUAAAGCAAAAUCAAGUUAGAUGUGAUUCCAGGCAGUUGUCAGAUAUUUGUGGCUGUCUUUUCUGGUGCUAAACGCACCAAUAUAUCAUUGCUUUCUCAUUAUAGGAUGAAGGAUUCAUAUUAGGGGUGGAAUUUGAGAGAGUGAUCAAAGUUUCUGUGUCUCAAAUCCCCUUUGUUCUUCCAUACAGUUGUGUGCCAAUUGGAAAAAUUUUAAUUUACAGAUUGUCGGCACAAGAAGACCGUAAAACAUGAGCUCUUCGUAAAUCUUUAGUCAAAACAGAAGUACUUCUGGGCAUUCAGCAUGCUUAAAUGGCAUUCCAGUGUUCUUUUAAACCAGAAAUUAAUAAUUCUGUCAUCAUUUACUCAUUGUGUUCAUGUGCUUCUAAACCGGUAUCACUUACUUUCUUCUGUGGAACACAAAUACAGAGAAUUUGCAGAAUAACUUGGCUGAUUUUUUUCAUACAACGAGAGUGAAUCUGAUCAGGGCUGUCAAGUUCGUAAAAGGACGGCUAAAUUUAAAACAUCAUAAUGAAACUAUAAACUUGUGCACUAUAUUUCAUAUGUUUUGUAGCUAUACUUUUGCGAAGAACAAUUUCACUGUAGAUCUCAGAUCUCAUUUGCACAUUUGCAUAAUCACAAUUUGAAACCAGAUGCAGCUUUGAGAGAUUUGAGAGUACAUUUUCAGUGAAUAACAGCUACAUUUAGGUCUGUUCCUCACACCACACUUGCUUUUGACUUUAGAAGACUUGAAAUAUAGUGCACAAACUACUUACUUUAUGGAGCUUGACAGCUUUCACUGCACAGAGAAGAACAAAGUGGACGUUUCUUUUUGUGCUCCACAUAAAAAGGAAAGUCAUGCUGGUUUGGAGCAAUAUAAUGGCGAAUGCUGUAAAUGAUGUGUGUGUGUGUGAAAUGCACUGUUUGUUUGUUAAUUUCAAUUUUGAAUUUCAGUAAUGGAAUGAAAUGUACCAUAUCACUCCGUCCGAAUCCUAAAGAACCAUGUAUAAAAUGCUAAAUGAACGUUAAAUGUACGCAGGUUGAAUUGCAAUGUAAAGUAUUUGUUUUGUUAAUCAUUAAAUGGUCUUUGCUUGAAUUAUAUGUAUGACAGCAUAAUCAGCACUAUUUUAAGUGGAAGUAUUACAUUUUAUGAUUUAUCUUUUUCUUUGCACUUAUUGAACCUAUUUUAAGUUGCCGAAUGUUAGUAAAUCAUCUGUUAAUUAAUAUCAGUAAUAUUUUGUUUGCUUUCAGUUUCUGUGUAUCAGUAAGGAUAUUUUAAGCUCAUCUUUUUGUCAUAUCAGAGCUUCAGUGAUCAAAGUUGUUUGUUGAGGAGUGUGUAUGUACAUUGUGAUUGUGGUGUGUUACCAUAUCAAGUGAUGUGUUUGUAUGUUAUGUGUCUCAUUCAAGUGGAGCAGGUGUGUGUGUUUCAAGUGUGAAGUCUUAAACAUGGGUAACAGCCCUAGAUUAUAGUGUCAAACAUGUAGUAAUGUAGUAUCUGCUCAUAAAAGUUGCGAAGGACUGUUUUUUCCUAUGCAGGGCAGAUUUGAGCGAUCCGUUCUGAUGAAGAAUAAAAACUGUGCAAGAUGUCA